AUGCAGAGCUCUGAAGGCGGCUCAGACUCGGCGAGCAACGUGGCCACCCUAAGGACAUCAUCAUCAGCCCAGGCCCCGGUGGUCCAGCCUGUCCCUGCUUCACAGCAGAAGGUGCUGGUUCAAGCCACAGGCUCAGCUCAGAAGGGAGGCGUUCAGCAGCACAGCAGAGCCUCACAGCAGGUUCAGCAGGUGCAGCAUGUGUACCCAUCCCAGGUGCAGUAUGUGGGAGAGGCCGGAGACGCUGUGUACACCAAUGGAACUAUCCGCGCCUCAUACUCCUACAACCCAGACUCUCAGCUGUACGGCCAGGGCAGCGGAGGUCCAUACUUUGAGUCCCAAGGAGGGGGCGCUCAUGUCACAACCGUGGUGUCCUCGUCGGGCACGGGCGGGGUGCCUUCUCACGGUAUGGUUGGCAUUGCCAUGGAUGUUGGCUCCAGCCACAUCAUCUCCGGUGGGAGCACCUACCUGAUUCAUGGAGGUAGCAUGGAGGGCAGCCGCAACCACAUCUCGCACUCCUCACGCUCCUCCUCUGCCAUGCUUGAAAUGGCGAUUGAAAACCUCCAAAAGACUGAAGGAAUUGCAAGUCACAAAAGCAGCCUGCUCAACAGCCAUCUGCAGUGGCUGUUGGACAACUAUGAGACCGCAGAGGGGGUCAGUCUGCCACGCUGCUCCCUCUACAACCACUACCUCCGGCACUGUCAAGAGCAGAAACUGGACCCAGUGAAUGCCGCCUCCUUCGGGAAACUCAUCCGCUCUGUGUUCAUGGGCCUGAGGACACGCCGCCUCGGCACCAGAGGAAACUCCAAGUAUCACUACUACGGCAUCCGCGUGAAGCCCGACUCCCCGCUGAACAGGCUCCAGGAGGACUCCCAGUACAUGGCCAUGAGACAGCAGCCUGUGCACCAGAAGCAGAGGUUCAAGCCUCUGCAGAAGGUGGAUGGCAUGUCUGACAGCCUGUGCGGGAGCUCUCAGCACUGUGGAAGCACUCCAGAGCAGUCUGUGGCCGCACAGAGCCAACACCACCAGCAGUACAUCAAUACCUCUCACAUCCUGCCGCCGUUCCCCUCUCCUGACCUGGAUGUGCAGACGCUGCCCGAGCGCAUCAGCUUGAGCGACAUCAAGAGACUACAAAAGCUCUACAGAGACCACUGUGAGGUACAGCGAGACAAGAGCGUAGUCUCCCCGAAGGGACAAGACUGUUGGUCCGACUUUCUAAUACGCUGUUGA